GAUCUUAAAGCUAAAGCUUAUCAGAUUAAUUCACCUGAUGUAAGAAGAUCCAGGGAAUAGAGACACAAAAAGUCUAAAACCCUAUAGAAGAAGAAAGAAGAAGGAGAAGAAGAAGAACCAGAUGUAAAAAAUGAUUCAGGGAAUAUAGACUAAACACAGUCUAAAAUCCUGAAGAAGAAGAAGAUGAAGCUCGGUGAUUUAUCAAGAAAAAGAUAAAGAAAAUAUAUGACUUUUUUGGAUGAUUAAUAACUGCAAGAACUGUCAUAGGAUUAGGAAAAUAUGAGGCAUUCCAUGCUGCAAUUUGCAGAGGCACUUAUGGUUAAUCUUGACAGCAUGGAUGCUCUAAGCUCGGGCAAAUUGAAAAUGAUAUUCUUGAAGAGAACAAAAAGGUGGUCUCUGGUACAAGAAAUAUUCUGUAGAUAUGAAUAGUAACACCACAAAUAAAGGAAAAAGAUCACAGUCGAUUAAGGGCAGUUUACCAACAACCCAUGUACAUUCAUAAAAAUGCAGAGGAUGGAAUGUAGCAGCCAAGUAUUCCUGGUCUGGGCUGCCCUCCUGUUUGUUACUUGGCCUUCUGAUGUUCUUGUCGGAGAGUUUGUCAAGACACUUCCUGCAAAGUCUCUCCUAAGGGCUUCAGAUACAGCAGUGCAUGGUUUCAUUGGAGCCUUCUCUUGGCAGCUGAUGUGCUUGCUCUGUCCUGCCUUGGAAUUCAACCUAACAUAUCAAGUCUCUCGCUUGAUUUCCGGUCGUUCCUUACUUGAUGGAAAGAACACUGCAUCCUUGGUCAACAGUUUGUUAAACAUCAGUCUGGCAUUUGCUCUGUCCUGUAUAAUAGAUGUUGAUCAUGUAUUCAAGGACUUGAUACAGUCCAUACAAGGGGGACCCAGAGCACCUUGGGAAAGAGGAGUGCUUCACCUGUCACUGCCACCCCUUGUGACAGUACUGCUACUCUAUGCUACAGCCAUGAUAUUUAAGCAACUCUGGUGUUUAAAGUGUGGAACAAUCAUUAUAGCUUGUGUUUUGAGUCAUCACAUACGAGAUGGAAUACGCCGUGGGCUGUGGUUUCAGCCCAUCGGCACAACUCCAGUCCUCCCAUACUGGUUGUAUGUUGUUAUAACAUUAAUAUUACCUUUUGCAGUGGGAGGGUUGGCAUCAAAACUCUCUGCAUGGAUAACAGCUUCACAACCAGUCUCAGAUACUAGUUUAGUGGCUAAAACCUACAUUAUAUGAUUUGAUAUUUCUUAACGGAUAAUUAUUUUAGUAAAUAUUUAUAUUUAAACAUACACAUAUGUAAACAUAUAUAUACAUAUAAACAUAUUAAAUAUUAUUUUUAUAAAUGAAUCUUAUGUAUAUAUAUAUUUAUUUCUUUAUUCUUUAAAUGAAGACUCAAGCACCUAUAUCACCAAAUACCUGAAAAUGCUAUGCAGGGAAAAUAAAAUACAUAAUCACUCCAAAAUUAGCAUA